GGCGCAUAAAACAUGACAAGUGAAACCAUGAGUCACUCAUUGACUGAUACAGGAAGUCAAGCUGUUAGCUGCUGAAAUAUGUUUAACGUUAGAACAAAGUGCAAACAAACAAAUAUCUGGUGUUCAGUGAGAUCGGAAAGUUAUGGACAGACUGCAGCGUGUGCUAUUGUUGUUCUGCUUCUAUACCCGCUGGUAUCCUCUUCAAACUCUUGAACAAGCUGCUCUGCAUUUUGCUGUACUUGCUGACUGGGGUGGUAUUCCGUUGCCUCCAUACUACACUUCUCAUGAGGAGGCUGUUGCUGCAGAAGUGGACAGUCUGGCCCAGACUGAGGGAGUGGACUUUGUCCUAAGCCUGGGAGAUCACUUCUACUUUAGUGGUGUCAAGAAUUUGGAAGACCACCGCUUCAAGCAAACAUUUGAAAGGGUCUUCUCCCAGCCAUCUCUACUGCAUAUCCCAUGGUACCUGGUCGGUGGAAACCAUGACCACAGGGGCAACAUCUCAGCUCAGAUGGCUUACUCUGAUCUGUCCAAACGAUGGAAUUACCCUGGUCUCUAUUAUGACCUUCAUUUUAAUGUCCCACACACAAAGCUGUCAGUGAGCAUACUGAUGAUCGAUACAGUGGUGUUAUGUGGAAACACCUAUAACCAAACCCAGCCUUCAGGACCAGAGGACCCCAGAGCAGCAGAUCGCCAGUGGAACUGGAUCACGUCUAAACUGGCCAGCAGCAGGUCAGCCUAUGUUGUGGUGGCUGGUCAUUAUCCUGUCUGGUCCAUCGGCCAUCAUGGACCAACAUCCUGUCUGGUCAACAGACUGAGGCCCCUGCUGAAGAAAUACAGAGUCACUGUGUACUUGUCUGGCCAUGACCACAAUCUGCAGUUCAUCAGAGAGGAUGAUGGGAGCGCAUAUGUAGUCAGUGGGAGUGGGGUGGUCAGCGAUCCCAGCACCACUCACAAGGACAGUGUUCCUCAUUCCUGGCAGCUCUACUCCAGUCCGGUCAAUCACACAACAGGAGGCGUGGCUUACUUCCAGGUCACUGAGAAUAAGAUGACUGUCAGUUUCAUGCAGACUAACGGGAAAUGCGUUUACCAGGCAGAGCUGCCAACACAUACAGUCAGAAGUAAUGGAAUGCUAUAGUCACAGUUUGAAGAAAUGCAGUUAUUUGUAUAUUUGAGCCUAUAAUUAUAUUGCUAUUGUGCUACUUAACACUUAACUGACAAAAUGAAUAGGUCGCAGUGGCUUUUUGAAGGCUUUCAACAAAAAUCGAAAACAGAAUAAAAGACUAUUAUGAAAAGAUAUUUAUGGGUGAUGGCAUGUUACUAUUAAAUGAAAUGUAUAUAUUCAUACUAUUUUGUUCUAUAUGUAUUGUUUUAUACAUGUAUCAAAAUAUAAACAAUUUUAUUUUAUUUUGUUGUGCAUGUAAUUGCAUGAUAGAUGCCUCAAUCGGCAGUUUGAAUUAUGGCUCUACGAUGUUCACCAGAUGGGACAAAAGCAGAAGACAAAUUUCCCUAAUCUGCAUGUCGUUCGAUUGUGCAUGUGUUGUGGAUCAAUAAAUGUAUCUUAAUCGUAUCUUAAUAGACUAUUAUGUGGAGCCAAGAAGAGAGUUCAUCGGUUCGCAACCAAACCAUCUGCUCUCCCAUUUGUAAUCAAAAUUGGACCAUAUUAUUAUUUAAUUGUCAUAUUACUACGUUUUUAUUUACUCUUCUUGCAUUGCUGAUAAAGCACUUCUGUUUGUAAAAUUAUUAUUAUUAUUAUUAUUAUUUGUAUUAUUAUUAUUAUAUUAUUAUAUCACAGCUCAAACAUAAGAGUUUGCUCUAAUGAGGGAAAAAACCCUUUUAACUGUGAGAAACCUACAGAGGAGAGAGAGAGAGAGAGAGAGAGAGAGAGAGAGAGAGAGAUUUUGUUAUUGUUAUGCACCGAUCAAGUUUCUGCUUUUCUACAUGACAUCGAUCUCUUUUUUGAGACAAAUUAUUUUACUGGAUCUACUUCCGAGGAAGAUGGCUUUUGAGACAGCUUUCCUACUUACAUGUUGUCAUGGCCCAGCUGAGACCAUAGCAAAUAAGGGAAGACACAUGAUCAUUUAAAAUUCUCCUCCUCACCUUCAAGGUAAAUAAUAUGGCGCCAUUUUGUCCUGUUCACCCAUAACUCUAAAGUUCCUCACAGUAGAGCUGGGGGCCAAGCUAAUGCCAUGCAAGAUAACUGCUGUCAGACAUGUUUCUCUGAGGCAUUUAGGGCCGAGUAAAAUCACUGACAAUA